AUGCAAUUAGCCUUUCUGGACUUUAAAGCCGCUUUCGACUUUUCUCAUCGGGACCAUCUCCUCAACGCGCUUCGCGCUGAUGGAGUACCGAGAAAGUUCGUUCGUUUGUUUGAUGAUAUCAAUCAAGGAACAACUGUUGCAGUUCGAACACCAGCCGGAUGUACAACACCGUUUGAAGUGGUAACUGGAGUAAGACAAGGGGCAGUGGCAGGACCUUUCCUGUUCAAUUUCGCAAUCGAGGACAUUAUAUGGAUAACAGUAGAUCAGUGUCCUGCCAAUGUCAUCCUAGUACCACCAGGACCCCUUGACCUAUCUCGAGUACGCCGACGAUGUUGUUAUAUUCGCAGAAAACACUACGGAACUUCAAGGUGUUGUUAA